CAACACCAUCACUUCUCUCGCACCUUGCCAGUUUCUUUUCUAUCUGGCUAGACCUAGUCGCUUCUUCACUUGUCUCCCUUUCUUACUCGUACACAUGGCGCUCAACUGAUGGAACACUGACCUACACCCAGUUUCUUCCCUGACUGGCCUCAGCUAGAGACCGCACAAUCUAGGACCAGCUGUUGGCCUGUCGUCCAUGUCCACCCAGCUUGGGCCUCAAAGAACACGUACAAACAUUCCCCGUAUACACCAUUCACCACCAUCGUCUCUAGAAAUGUCACCAGCCAUCAUGCGCGCUGCUGUCCGCCUGUGACUGUUCUGGGCCGACCCCUCCCAGUCCUUCGAUUCUUGCAUUCACCUUGGGGUUAAUUCACACCCCGGACGUUCGCUCAAGUUACAAACCUAAGAAUAAUACAAUACGAUCUGCCCCGAAAGAUGAACAUGGACGAUUCAACCCCAUAUACUGCAGACGCGACUGCGCUAGCCGUUGUUCGAUCGGCCACCUCUUCAGUACAUCUCUCCUCGCCCACCGCGUCCACGUUCUCAAAGGGACAUUCGUCUUCUGGCUCGGCGUCUUCGAUCACUUCCUCGCCGAUACCUCGAGAAUCGCUCGACAUGUAUGUAGGACCCAAGAGAUUGGAAGAUGUGACAGAGGAGCCGCCUGAAAAAGACGAGUUUGAGGGCUAUACUCUGGUCAACGACAGCAGAGCCUACGAUUUUCCAGACUACGAAAAAGCAUUCUCAGAUUUCCAUUCCAGGCCGUCUCCACCAGGCUCUCCUGUACAACCUGAAUGGACCUUGAGAGACGACGAUGACUGGCCCUGGACUGCUCAGAAUUCCCAGUCGCCCAAACGACGCCGAUCCAUGGGACAACCUGCUCCCCUUCCCACCACCAAUCCACAUCGUUUGAGCAGCAAACUGGGAUCGAUGAAAAGACGUUGGAAAAACAGAUCGGCGGUUGAACCGCGGUUGUCGAUCAUCACACAUCCUCAGAAUCCAGCUUCUCGCUCCGGCUCACUCAAUUCAUCGCAAAUCCUCAGUCCGGCGUCAAGUGCAAUUUCCAAGCAUGAGAGUCUCCUUCCUACUUCUCCGGGCACGGCGCUUACUAGUCAAACCUCGCUCGAGCUACCUACCGAGCCAGCGCCCAUUGAGCAGAAGCACGAGGAAGGAGAAGAGGAGCAGCGACAAGCCACUACGCCAUUAUUACCCCCUGUGCUCCUCGAGAUGUGCAAAAAGGAAGAACCCAUCCAGUCUCCUCUGCAGUCUCCCUCCAUUGCACCAACCUCGGCUAUCAUGAGCUCUCGCACUUCCAUGGACAUGUCCCAAUCGUGUUUGCCCUCCCCUCCUCUGUCUACCCGACCAUCAAUGGUGUCAAUGCACAACCGUUCUCGUACCAACACAAUGACGGGUAGCAUCAUUCCAGACAUUCCAACUUUGCAACUCUCGGACCCGGACCCAUGGCUGGUCCGACUCGGCCAUGCCAAUUUCAACAUUUAUCCCGAACCAUAUACCCCCGAGGCCAUUGAUCUUGACUCGUAUACGGAGUAUCGCAGCAAUUGGGACCAUGCUCGCACCAACUAUGCAAAGCAUGUCGCCCGCACUGCAGAACACUAUGGGUCGACGUCCAAGGUCUUCAGACUGACCGAGGAAAAAUGGGCAUCUAUUGAUGAAACUUGGAGGAGACAGCACGAUCUCAUGAGAACUGCCCUCGCGCCCAUCUUUGCUCGUCUCAGUGACGGCGAUUCUGAGAUGCAGGAUUCUACGACAUCCAGUGUGGUUCUGGAAACCCCAGCCAGCAAGGUGGUCCUUCCUAUCAUUGACGACAAGAGCGGCAAAUUCCCCGAGAUUGGCGACGGCGAGAUAGUGGGGCCCAUGUCGGUUGCUCGUCCUCGAGCCUUGACGGGUCCAGGCCGCGGAAGCUACUCACACAGCCCACCUCCUUCACCACAAAGACGCAACCUCAUCAAAGUCCUAAUCGACAUAUUUCACAAAUAAACUGUAUAGUCCCGAAGACUUCUGAUGUACAAAAAACAUUUCCUCCUUGUACACAUUUCUUCGGAUACACGGCACCAGAGCCACGGAUUUUUGGCGUUAUCGAGAAUAUAGAAAAAGGGCGACCUCUUGGCCGGGAAAAGCGAUGACAUACUAUGGAACUCAAGGGUUACCGGCCUAAAAAAGCGAAUUCCAGCUCUCGGUUCAACGACAUUGCUAUGAUUACUACUACGAUAUUUACGACAUUCCUUUCAUCGGGAUCUGUGAUUCUAGAUGAUCUUAUGACUUGCGACUUCAGCACAGCGAAGUGACGAUACACACUCUUUUGAAAAGACCAACCUAUUGGUUUGUCACCGAUUGUUCUUCUAUUGAUUAUUACACUCAAGGCAGAGUAUUGUCUGUUCUUGUACAUGGCGGCUACAUGCAUCAAGGUUUUCUGGGCUCGCGAGAGUUAAGUAACAUGUAUGUAGCGCAGUCGAUUGGCUUUAGACACAAUGAGGGCGGAUCUAUGGGUGCUAUUGCCGGGGCUGAUGAAGGCGAUUGAAAAAGUCGAAAAGUUGAAGAUAGAGAGAGAAUGAG